CCUUCCGAACACAUCCCAUUUGUCAUUGUGAAUUAACCUGGCAAAUUAUUGAAAAAAAGUGCGAAGUGAAAAAUUAAAUAAAAGUGUCCGUACCAGCUUCGUAUUUUCUUUCAGCCAAAUUCGUAUCAAAAACGAUACAAAACUGAAAUAACGCGGCAAGCCAGCCAAGCAUUCUCCAAAUCCUCACGGUUCGCAAAGAAUGGCAACAAACAACUAUUUCCCGUACGGCGGCACGCAAUACGGUGCUGCGGCCUCCAGUCCUCCGGUCGGCUACUCGGCCAACCAGGCGGGCUACGCAGUGCCAUCAGCUACGCCCACUUCCUACAAUGCCCAGCGAACGGGCUAUGACCAGAGUUACACAACAGCCAGCGGAAACGCAACCUCGUUCCCGGCCGCCGCCGGCCCGGCCGCUGCGUCAUCCAACUAUGGCUACGACUACAAUCGCACCCUGCAAUCCUAUGACUCAUCCAAGACCUACUACCAGCAAGCAGCGAGCUACUCGAGUGCCCCCACUGUGUCGAAGACCCAUUACUCGGCUCCGCCAGUGAGAAAUCCUACUCCUGCGGCCGCUGCCAAGAUGACGGCUAACCCAGCAGCUGCCAACGGUGCCAAAGAUAAGAUCAAUGCCGGCGGUGCCAAGCCGGCGGCGACCGCCGCAGCAACAGUCGCACCAUCGUACUCCAACUACGAUGCGGCCCUGUAUAGCGCAGCCACCAUGUACGUGGCCCAACAACACAGCAAGACCCCCGCGGGCAACACCAACUGGCAGCCAUUUAAGAAGCAGGGCGCCUCCAACUCUGGCGGACACAAAAUGAGGGCAAAGCCCCCACCACGGGUACAGCAACUGCACUAUUGCGAGGUAUGCAAGAUCAGCUGCGCUGGACCGCAGACCUACCGCGAGCAUUUGGAGGGCCAGAAACACAAGAAGCGCGAGGCUAGUCUGAAGAUGCAGGCCAGUGCCACCACAACCACUCAAAACCGUGGCAACAGCUACCACUGCGAGCUUUGCGAUGUAACCUGCACUGGCAACGACGCCUAUGCGGCCCAUGUUCGGGGAUCCAAGCAUCAGAAGGUGGUUAAACUUCACCAGAAACUGGGCAAGCCCAUUCCCUCAGACGACCCAAAGAAGAUGAGCAAAAUAAACUUUGUCCCAGCUGGAACUGAAGCCACUGACGCAGCCACCAAAGACGGAGUAGUCAAAGCGGAUGGCGGAGCCGAUGGUACAGCCGCGAAAACAGCUGCGAGCGACGAUGGCGCUGCUGCCUCGGACAAAAUCAAGCCAGUGGGAGUGGAGUACAUUGAGGAGAUGAAGGACGAUGAGGGCAAAAUCCUCAGCUUCAACUGCAAGCUCUGCGAUUGCAAGUUCAACGACCCCAACGCCAAGGAGAUGCAUAUGAAAGGUCGUCGCCAUCGGCUGCAGUACAAACGCAAGGUCCAGCCCGACCUGGUUGUAGACUACAAGCCCACGCUCCGACAUAGGAGGCUGGCAGACGCACGGGCACAGAGAGCAAUGAUGCAGGCGGAGUUCGGCAAUGGCAGGCGAGGCAGCAAUUUCGGGACGAAUGAGGAGUCCGGCGACGGGAUGAUGUAUUGGGAUGAACGUCGCCGCUUCGACGAAGAGUUCGACUACGGCAACUGGAUGCAGCGUGGCUUCCAAGGCGUCGGUCCGAGAGGCGCUCCAUUUAUAGGCCGUGGAGCCGGUGGUCCUCCUGGACACCCAUUCUUCGGCAUGAUGCCCGGUCGCAGGCCGGAGAGUACUGACGAUCGUCACGCCAUCGCCAGGCACGCCGAGAUUUAUCCGAAGGAGGAAGAGUUGAAGACCAUCCAAAAGAUCGUUUCAAACACUGAGCGUGCUUUGAAGUUUGUAUCUGACGUUUUCGAGGACAGUUCCCAGGAGAACGGCAAGAGUGCGAGUAAUGCCAGUGGCACCGGCACCGGGAAUGGGAAUGGAACCAGCAGCGAGAAGAAGCCCGAGGAGAAGGUAGCCAACAUCAAGGAUGGCCGUGACAAUCAAAUGUUUUCGUUCCAGAAAGAAAAUGAGAAUGGAGCCAACACUCCACGUUUGCUCAAGGGUGUGAUGCGGGUGGGCUACCUGGCCAAGGGUCUCCUGCUGCAGGGCGAUAGUCUGGUCGAAUUGGUCGUGCUGUGCUCGGAGAAGCCGACCUUGGGACUGCUCAACCGCGUAGCCGAUGAACUACCAGCCAAACUGAAAGAGGUCUCAUCAAGCAAUAACACCAAUGAGGCGGAAUACAGCGUCGAAUUGGCGGUGGAAGAUUCAGCGAUCCUAGUGUCGGACGAUGCGGUUACUGUGAAAAUAUGUCUAACGUCUCCGCUGUUGCGGGAAUCUCAGGAUGCUGCCGGCGCCGGAGCCGACGAAAUUCCAGAACUGCCACAAAAACCAACAGAUUUUCUGCCCCGUGAGCCAUGUCUACAGGCAUUGGCCGAGUUGCGCCAUGCCAAGUGGUUCCAGGCCCGAGCAACUGGCCUACAGUCGUGCGUCAUGGUCAUCCGGAUACUCCGUGAUCUGUGUCAAAGAGUGCCCUCCUGGCAGGCCAUGAACCAGUGGGCUCUGGAGCUUCUCAUCGAGAAGGUAAUCUCCUCGGCUGGAUUCCCACUAAGUCCCGGCGAUUGCCUGCGUCGCAUUAUGGAAGCCGUUUCCACAGGUCUACUCAUCAACGGGCCAGGUAUUCUGGAUCCCUGCGAGAAGGAAUCUCGCGACGCCCUCGAUGGCCUAACCAAACAGCAACGCGAAGACCUUACCGUCUCUGCCCAACAAUUCCUCAGACUUAUUGCAUUUAGACAGAUCUUCAAAGUGCUCGGCAUGGACCAAUUGCCGGUUGUUAAGUUCCCCAUGCGUCCGUGGCGCCUCAAUCGCAAACGUCGACGUUCCAUCGGCGAUGGCAACAAUGACGAAGACAAGCCCGACGAGAAGCUAUCAAAGAAGGAGAACGGUAAUGGUGGUAGUAGUGGUACCACUACCUUGGCCUCCGCCGAUUAAGUCCUUCACACCUCCGCAAUAAGAAUGAAUACAGAAAACAAUUGGGGUAUUUUUUUUAAUAUUUAAGAUUUAGUACUUAUUAUUCAUAUAUAUUCUAAUAUACAUAAAUAUAAUAUUAUAUAUACAAGAUAAGGUAGAAACUGUUGGAUAGUUGAAAAAUUCUUGGAAUCUUUUAGCUCUCCUCAAAAACAAAAUUCAAUAAAUUUGAAGAUAUUUUAAGAAAAAUAAAUUCAAUGUUCCAACCUUUUAAAUGAAUUAAAUCCACAAUCAAAAAAAAAAAAACAAUGAUUCCAGGAUUUUUUGUGUUAAUUAAAAAAAAACAGUUCCUGCCUCUGUCCUGUAUUUCAGUUUAAAAUCUCUAUAAAAACAAAAAGAAAGAAUACAGAACAAACAAACAAACUUAUAUACAACUUGCAAGGCCGAUAGUUUAUAACCUUUGACUUUAAAAAACAAAAAAAAUUAUAAGAAAACUUAAAACACUUUUGAUCCAAUGUGAGAUCGCCUAAAAGAGAAAAUUCAAAUGGCAGUUCCGCCCGCGGUUCGUUAAAUUUAUAAUUUAUUUAUUUGAAAAGAAAAAAAAAACAAAACAAACGCGAGAUAUUUAUUUAUAAAGAAUAAAAAAAAAAAAAAGAAAAAACAUAACUACAUAGAUAAUAGCAACUAUUCUCUAUUUGCAACUUAAUUGACAAACAGAAUCAACAAUAACUACGAUUAUUUCAAUAAUAGCGAGUGAUUAAAUGAUAAAUUGUUUAACUUUUCUUAGACGAGAUGCAUUGAGCAUUGCCGAACAAAUGAAAGAAAGAGAGACGAGACGAGAAACCGUUCUAAAGUAGAAGAAAAAUAAACUAAAUUCAAAUAUGUUAUAGAUUAAAUCAAAAAUUAUAAACAAUUAUAAGAAAAUCAUAAAAUCACAAAAAAAAAAACAAAAGAUAUCUGGAAGGAAAUGAAAAUGAAAUUACUCGAGAUAUAAAUUCUGAUCUUCUUCUCGUCACACUAAAAGAAACAAACAAACGUAAAACACACGAGUGUAGAGUAGAGAACUUUUUGGUAUUUCUCUGUGGCUCUCUGUGUUUUUGAUUUGAUGUCAACUUAGAUGUGUUUUUUGAAAUAAUAAAAAAUUAGUAAAACAAAAAAAA